GGAGGCAGCUCGCCUGGCUCAUCAUCGCCCGCCUCCCCCUCGACAGCUGUGCGCGCGCCGACGUCCCUGAGGGUUGUCCAGCGCCGCGGGCGGGAUUUGGACCUGCAGAGCGGGAGCGACCCGGAGCCCGAGGGGCUCAUCUCGCUGGAGGAGCCGAUGGGCCCAGGGGACGCGGAGAGCCUGGUCACGCGGCGCUCCGAGCGCGUGAGCGUGGUCGACGACCGCCUGCUGCGCGUGGAGGCCGGCGGCACGCGCGUCGCGGCGUUCAGCUUCCACUGCCAGUGCGCUGCGCUGCCCUGGGUGGUGCCGCUGCACGCGCUCGGCGUACAGGACGGCCUGCUGCGGCGCAUCUCGGAGCACGGCGACCCCGGCGCGGAGGGGUUCCCGAGGCCCGGGGGCGCCUUCCCGCACCUGGCGGCCCUCCUCCGGCAGCAGCUGUUCUGCAUGCCCGAGGCCGCGCUGAAGACCAAGCGCCUGAAGCACGGGUGCGUGGAGGUGCAGGGCGUCAUCCCGUUCAACUUGGCCGUCGUGGAGGAGCGGUACCCCAGCGUCCACCGCAUCCUCAAGAUGAUCCGCAGCGCCACGGUGCGCGCCACGAGGGCGCCCCCCACGGCGGAGGCAUCCGCGGAGGCGCCGGAGCAGCAGGCGGUGCAGCUGGUCUACGACGAGGGCGAGGUCCGGUGCCGGUUCCUCGCCUGCGGCCGCUACGUUGCCUGGGCAGACCAGGAAUGGCAGCCCAUCCUGGAGGCUGGGAGGGUCGCGGUUGUGGAGUCCCCCGUGGAGUGCCCGGGCAGGGAGCUGGCCGUGUGCCUCCGCAUCAGGGACGUCCGCCUGAAGCUCACCAACUUCGGCUGCAUGGGCCUGAGCAGCGUGCCGCUGCCGGACAUGACGUUUCGGCUGGGGGUCACCACGGAGCUCCCGCCAGGCGCGCCUGCACCGGCUGAUGGUGAAGCGAGCGAGGAGG